AUGUUGUAUCAAGUGGCUUUAGUCUCUGCUAUCAUAGCCCUAAUAGGAAUUCAAGCAAAAGAAUUAGCACCAGGACCUCAAUCAUUUAAAAACACAAAUUCCUCAUCAGCAGGAGCAGCUCAAAAUCAACAAAAGAGAUUUGCCACUAAGGAUGUAAUUGUGUAUUUAACCCCCAAUCAGAUUAAAGAUCUCCAAGCUGGAAAAGCAGAACUUCGAUCACAUGCUUCGGGGGAAAUAACAAUAAGCAAAUUGCAAAAUGUUCAAAAAUUGCCUUUUCAAAAUCCUCAGUCAAGGUAUAACGCUCAGAAAGAAAAUUUGAGGGCUCCACAAGUUCAGGAAGAGCAGGUAGAAAUCAUUCAACAGGAACAAGAACAACAACAGCAACAACAGGAACAACAAGAGCAACAAGCAAGAUAUUUCAAUCUACCUAGUGGCCUAUCAAUUCAACAUGUUGAAGCUCCACCUACAUUGUUGCUGUUUAGCCCAGAAAGUCAACAACCAGAACAACCAAAAUUCGUGCCUAUCAAUCAAAGUCAAGAGAGCAAUAAAAAUGAAUGGAUUCCAAUUAAUCCUAGCACGGAGAAAAAUUUAGUACAGUCUUUACAAGAGCAGGGUGCACAAGAGCAAUCGGCACAAGAGCAGUCGGCACAAGAUCAGUCUUUACAAGAACAAAUUAAUAAACAAUGGCAGAAGAGCUUAAGGAACAGCUUUGAACAAGGAAAACUUGCUUCCAGUGGUCUUAACAUUCAGCCAGAAAAUCGCAACCAAGAAGGACAACAGCAACCUUUGCCUAAUUACAAUCCCCUUAUAUAUGCCUUAGCCCACGAGAAUGCUUUACGAGCGCAUAACAACGAGGUAGAAAAGCAAAGAGCUCUUGCCCAAGCUGAGGCUAUUGCUAAUUCUCCCCCAGUAAUUAUUCACAAAGAGGUUAAAAUUACUAAACACCAACCCGUUCCAGUUGUGAAACGCGUGAAUGUGCCCGUACCGACGCCAGUUUUAGUUCCUGUGAUUCAUCCGUAUGAGGUCAAGGUCCCCCAGCCCUAUCCCGUGCCAGUUGAAAUUGUUAAAGAUCUUCCCGUACCACCGGUAUCGGAAAAACCCGAAGCUGAGAAAGCCGUGCCUUAUGGAUUGAGAAAUCACAUUCCUGGCAAAAAUGUUUACAUAAACGUCGAUAGUCCAGCAUACCUACAAGUGUGGAAAAACUAA